AUGUCGACCAGGUUAGUCUUGGAAAACACUGCACGUAGAGAUGCUCUUAUUGCAAUUGAAAAGAAGUACCAGAAGCUCUGGGCUGAAGAGCAUCAAUUUGAAUUAGACGCUCCAUCUAUUGAUGAUGAACCAAUCACUAUGGAUUCUGAGGAAUUACAAAAGAAGUACCCAAAAUUUAUGUCCUCUAUGGCUUAUCCAUACAUGAACGGUGUUUUACAUGCCGGUCAUUGUUUCACUUUAUCCAAAGUCGAAUUUUCUAUUGGUUUCGAAAGAAUGAAUGGGAAGAGAGCUUUAUUUCCACUAGGUUUCCAUUGUACUGGUAUGCCAAUUUUAGCUUGUGCAGAUAAAUUAAAGAGAGAAGCUGAAAUGUUUGGUAAAGAUUUUAUGAAUGUUCCAAAGGAAGAUGAAGAAGAAGAAGUUAAAGAGGAAAAGAAAGAAGAAUCUGAAGAUGUUACUAGAUUCAAGGCAAAGAAAUCCAAAGCUCAAGCCAAAAAAGGUCGUGGUAAAUACCAAUUUGAAAUUAUGUUACAAUUAGGUAUUCCAAGGGAAGAAGUUUACAAAUUUGCUGAUGCUCAAUAUUGGUUAAGUUACUUCCCACCUUUAUGUCAAAAGGAUUGUACCAGUUUUGGUGCACGUAUUGAUUGGAGACGUUCUUAUAUUACCACUGAUGGUAAUCCAUAUUAUGAUGCUUUCAUCAGAUGGCAAAUGAUCAGAAUGAAGGAAGCAGGUAAGAUUAAGUUUGGUGAACGUUAUACCGUCUAUUCUGAAAAGGAUGGUCAAGCAUGUAUGGACCAUGACAGAGCCUCCGGUGAAGGUGUUACUCCACAAGAAUAUGUUGGUAUUAAGAUUGAAGCCACUGAAUUUGCUCCAGAAGCCAAGAAGAUUAUUGAAGAAGUAACUGAAUUAGAUCACUCUAAGAAAUUCUAUUUUGUUGCGGCUACUUUAAGACCGGAAACCAUGUAUGGUCAAACAUGUUGUUUCGUUUCUCCAAAGAUUGAAUAUGGUAUUUUUGACGCUGGUGACUCUUAUUACAUCACAACUGAGCGCGCCUUCAAGAAUAUGUCUUACCAGAAAUUAACUCCAAAGAGAGGUUACUACAAACCAGUAGUUACCGUCUUAGGUAAACAUUUUAUUGGUACAAAGAUCCAUGCACCAAAGUCUGUAUUCUCUGAAUUAAGAAUUUUACCUAUGGAAACCGUUAUUGCAACUAAAGGUACUGGUGUUGUUACUUGUGUCCCAAGUAAUUCCCCAGAUGACUGGAUGACCACUAAAGAUUUAAUAAAUAAAUCUGAAUAUUAUGGUAUUAACCCAGAAUGGGUUGUUGACCUUGAAAAAGUUAUUCCUAUUAUUCAUACAGAAAAGUACGGUGAUUUAACUGCUAAGAAAUUAUGUGAAGAAAUGAAGAUCCAAUCUCCAAAGGAUACCAACUUAUUACUUACAGCUAAGAAAUUAGCAUAUAAAGAGGAUUUCUACUCUGGUACUAUGAUCUAUGGUGAUUAUAAGGGUGAAAAGGUUGAAGAUGCUAAAAACAAGGUCAAAGCUGAUAUGAUUGCUGCUGGUGAAGCCUUUGUUUACAAUGAACCAGAAUCUCAAGUUAUAUCUCGUUCUGGAGAUGAAUGUAUCGUCUCUUUGGAAGAUCAAUGGUACAUUGAUUAUGGUGAAGAAUCUUGGAAAGAGCAAGUUUUUGAAUGUCUGGAAGGUAUGGAACUUUUUGCUCCAGAAGUUAAGAAUGCCUUUGAAGGUGUUCUUGACUGGUUGAAGAAUUGGGCUGUUUCUCGUACCUAUGGUCUAGGUACUAAGUUGCCAUGGGAUCCAAAAUAUUUAGUUGAAUCUUUAUCUGAUUCUACUAUUUACCAAGCAUUUUACACCAUUUCUCAUUUGUUAUUUAAGGACUACUAUGGUAAAGAAGUUGGUCCUUUAGGUAUUAAGCCAGAACAAUUAAAUAACGAAUUUUUUGACUACAUCUUCCAACACAGUGACAACACUGAAAACAUUGAUGUUCCAUUAAGAUCCCUACAAAUCUUAAGAAGAGAAUUUGAAUACUUCUAUCCAUUAGAUGUCUCUAUUUCUGGUAAAGAUUUGAUUCCAAACCAUUUAACAUUCUUUAUUUACACACAUGUUGCUCUAUUCCCUAAGAAGUUCUGGCCAAAGGGUAUUAGAGCCAAUGGUCACUUAAUGUUGAACAAUGCUAAGAUGUCUAAGUCUACCGGUAAUUUCAUGACCUUAGAACAAACAGUUGAGAAAUUCGGUGCUGAUGCUUCUCGUAUUGCUUUAGCUGAUGCUGGUGAUACUAUCGAAGAUGCCAACUUUGACGAAUCUAAUGCUAAUGCAGCUAUUUUAAGAUUGUACACUUUAAAGGAAUGGGCUGAAAAUAUUGUUAAGGAUGCCUCUAGUUUAAGAACUGGUCCAAUUACUGAAUUCUUCGAUAUUGCUUAUGAAUAUGAAAUGAAUAGUUUGAUCGAGAAGACCUAUCACCAAUAUUCGUUAACCAACUACAAGAAUGCUUUGAAAUAUGGUUUGUUCGAUUUCCAAGCUGCUAGAGAUUACUACCGUGAUGCAUGUACUACCAUGCACAAAGAUUUAGUCUUACGUUACAUCGAGACUCAAGUUUUAUUAUUGGCUCCAAUUGCACCACACUUCUGUGAUUAUAUCUACCGUGAAGUCUUAAAGAAGGAGGGAUCUGUACAAAAUGCUUCAUUCCCACGUGCCACUAAACCGGUUGACAAUUCAAUUCUUUCAUCUUUGGACUAUGUCAGAUCUUUGCAAAGAAGUAUUAGAGAAGCAGAAGGCCAAGCCUUAAAGAAGAAGAAGGGUAAAGGCUCUGAUGUCGAUGCUAGUAAGCCAGUAAGAUUAACCUUAUUAAUAUCUGAAUCCUUCCCAGAAUGGCAAGAUAAAGUUAUUCAAAUUGUUUCUGAAAUGUUUGCUAAUCAAACUCUUGAUGACAAUAAGAAGAUAAGAGAAAAGAUUGAACCAAAGGAGAUGAAGAGAGCUAUGCCAUUUGUUACUUUAUUAAAGCAACGUUUAGCUACUGAAGACCCAGAGGCUGUUUUCCACAGAGAACUACAAUUCAACGAAGUUGAUGUAGUUAAGGCCGCAUUAGAUAAGAUUAAGACAGCUGGUCAAACUUUGAACGUUGAAGAAUUCGUUGCGAUCAGUUUCCCUAACGGUAGUAACGCUGGUAAGGAUAUUUUCACAGGUGCUGAAGUUGAAUUACCACAAGCUUCUCAAAGAGCUAUUGAGAAUGCUAUUCCAGGUAAUCCAGGUGUUGUUUUCCAAAACAUUUAA